GGUCAUAAGACGCAGCACCCACCGCGACUUCCCGUCCGAAGCCCCCAGUACCUACCCUGAAACCCGAUCGCCUUCCGCAGCCCAGAAGAGACAUCUUAGCUGUUGCGAGCUGAGAGGGCUUCAUCUUCCAGCUUUUCUCGAGCGUGUAUCACUGUUCGUUUCGAAUCAAUCUUUACGUUGACCCUACAAUAUGCGAUUGCGACUAGUUGUUUCCGCCUUGCCGUUCGUACUUAUAUGUAUCGCACACGCUGCUCCCGAGCCUCGGCCUGAAGCAAAAGCGGACCCAGAAGCAUUCCCAGAAGCGCAAAGCUAUGUGAACAAUGCGCCGUUUUCAGGCGCUAUCUACAUCGUCAGUCCAGAUGGCCAACCGGCGCAAGGCUCAUGUCCAGCCGUGGCUUCUCUGAGCUGCGGUGACCAAGGCCACCCAAGCUGGUGUUGCCCAGGAGGAUGCUCGUGCGUGCAGCAACAAGGAGGUUAUGUGGGCUGCUGCCCUGCGGGAAGCAAUUGCGCCGGUCCCGUAACAUACUCAACCGUGACGGUGACCGCACAAGCGCAACAAACUGUCCCGGUCGUAGUCCCGCAGCAAUUCACAACGACAGCGUACUGCCCUACCUGCUACUCACCGCCGCCUGUUGCGGCCGGCUUUUGCCAAACAUUGACUAUGCAUGGGCCUGGUCUUCCUGUAGUCACACAAGGAGAAUGCGGCACGAUUUUGAUAGUGAACGAGAGCUCGAGCUUGAAGCCAGUCGGGUUUGGACUUGUUGGGAUAUUCCUUACAAUUCAACUGGUUAUUGUGCGGAUGUUUCGUUGGAUAUGA